GGGGCUGAGACAACCCAGCAACCAUCACUCUCAGGCUGCAGCUGCCAUCCUUACUCACCCUCCAGCAUGCAGGUCUCCGCAGCCCUCCUGUGCCUGCUGCUCACAGCUGCUGCCCUCAGCACCCAGGUGCUCACUCAGCCAGACGCCUCCAGAAUUGUGCCCACUUGCUGUUUCACAUUUCAAAGUAAGAAGAUCCCUUUGCAGAGACUGAAGAGCUUUCGAUUCACCAGCAUGCAGUGCGCCCAGGAUGCUGUCAUCUUCACAACCAAACUAGCCAGGGAGAUCUGUGCCAGCCCCAAGGACAAGUGGGUCCAGGAUGGUGUGAAAUACCUGCAGCGAAAAUCUCAUGCCUUGAAGACGUCAACUCCUCCAGCCCCACUCAGUCCAAGCCCCAGCUCGAGAAAUGACUCCUUCUCCACCAGCCUCCCAUCUACCUCUAGGACUAAUUUUACUGUAAUUUUCAAAUAAGAUGAUUUCUGUAAAACACGUAUGUCUUA